AUGGUUGAAUCGACCCCCAAAGAUCAAUUCCAGCCUAAAUUAAGCACGGCCGAAUAUCUGAAGCCAGGAGAUAAUGUCGACGUCUAUAGACCCCGACUGUUCGACUUGACUUCAGGCCGAGAGAUUCCAGUCAAUGACAACUUGUUCAGAAAUCCUUACGCGCUGACCAAUGUGGGGUGGUCUCAAGAUGGCAAGAAGUACCGCUUCGUCUUCAAUGAAAGGGGCCAUCAAAAUCUUCGGCUACUGGAGAUUGACUCCAGUGGUGGCGUGAAUGCCUUGGUUGAGGAAAGCAGCAACACUUUCAUUGACUACCACCACAAGUUGUAUCACGGGGUUUUCGAAGCAAGAGGUGAGAUCGUAUGGGCGAGUGAGAGAGAUGGAUUCAACCAUCUAUAUCUGUACGAUCUCGAGAACGGCAAAUUGAAAAACCAGAUCACGAAGGGAAAUUGGGUGGUGCGAUCCGUUGAGCUGAUUGACGAAGAAAAAGGCGUGAUCUGGUUUCGAGGGCUGGGUAUGGUACCGGGCCAGGACCCGUACUAUUCUCAUCUGGCGUGCGUUCAAUUUGACGGGUCAAAUUUCAGUAUCGUAACGAAAGGAGAAGGCACGCACUCAUGGAAAUGGUCCCCAAAUAAGCAAUACCUCCUCGAUAGCUGGUCAAGAGUUGACUUUCCACCCAACACGGUAGUUCGAAAGGCACAGACUGGGGAGCUUGUGGUCGAACUAGAGCAGAGUCAGUUGAACCGCCUCCUCGAGGUGGGGUGGGUGUCUCCGGAUAUAUUCGUGGCUACUGGAAGAGAUGGAGAAACCAGUAUCCAUGGCAUCAUCUUACGUCCCGCAGAUUUUAACCCUUCGCUUAGUUACCCUAUUUUGGAGCAGAUAUAUGCUGGGCCUCAAGACUACUACACUCCAAAAGCGUUUCAGACUCUUCCAAAGCUUCGGCAACGCGCUGAUCAGGGGUACAUAUUGGUGGUCUUGGAUGGAAUGGGCACAAACUGGAGGUCUAAGGAAUUUCACGAUGUCUGUUACAAGAAUCUAAAAGACGCUGGAUUUUCCGACCGCAUAGCCUGGAUCACUGCCGCUGCCAAGACUCGUCCUUGGAUGGACAUCUCCAGAGUUGGGUGCUACGGAGCUUCCGCUGGGGGCCAAAAUGCAGCUGCGGCCGUAAUACAUCAUGGCCAGUUCUACAAGGCAGCAUGUGCCUUGGCUGGCUGUCACGAUAAUCGUAUGGACAAGCUUUGGUGGAAUGAGCUAUGGAUGGGGUACCCGGUGGAUGAGAGCUACGAAAAAUCGUCAAACGUGACCCACGCACAUAAAAUUCAGGGGCAGCUGAUGCUGGCUGUGGGCGAGUUGGGCGCGAACGUGGACCCUUCGUCAACUAUGAAGUUGGUACACGCACUGAUCGAGGCGGAGAAAGACUUUGAGCUUGUGUACAUACCGGGCGCGGGCCAUCAGAUAUCCGCGCUUCCGCAUGUGGUAAGGAAACAGAACGACUUCUUCAGACGACACCUAAAAGAACUUUGA